UUCAUCUCUAAUACCAAUGAUCCUUUUACCACCACUACCUAUACCUUAACAAUAGAUACAAGACGUAUGAUUGCAAAUAAUAAGCUAUUAUAAAAUUAAUUGGUGCUAAAGAUAUUUAUGUAUUACAAAAUAAAUAAUGUCUAGAAUCGCCAUUAUUAUUUUUCUUUCACUGUUUAGUAAUUUAAAUAGCGCUUCGGUAAGAAAAAAGAAAAGGGAAACAGUUGCAAUCAAAGAUACUCCAAAGUGGAAUUAUCAACCAAGUAAUUAUUCUGACAAACUAGUUGACGUUCUUUUACGUGAUCCAUCACAACUGCAUCCUGGGACUGCUGAAUACAUUCCCACCAAAUCAAACCAGAGAGGACUUAUUGAAUUAUUCCUUCCGGGUGCACCGGAAUCUCUGUUCCUGUGUUUUCCUCAGAACAGUGAAGAUUAUCGACGAGCCUACAUUUUGUCACACAUCAUCUGUCGGCAGAUGGGAUUCAUGACAUUUAUUAGCAUGAACAGUAAACUGUCAGCAUCUAUAGAAGAUAAACUAUUCUACGGUUUGAAACCAAACAGUUUCAGUUGCACUGGACAAGAACAGAACGUUUCACACUGCGAAUGGAACAGUGUCAAUGUCGGCAGUUGUAAGGCGAUCACGGAUCUGUCAUGCGGUGAUUGUCAGUAUGCUAUAAAGGAGACUUCUGGUUUUAUAGAAGUGCCCGGAUAUCCUUUGGUCAACCUUCAUGAUAUUACUUGUGAAUGGGACUUGAUGCUUGAUGAAGAUCACACUAUUGAGUUGUCUUUUCAUCACUUUCACUCACUGUUUGCUAAGUCAUCUAAACUGUAUUGUAAUCUUCGGGAACCACACAUGGAUAUUAUGUAUGGAAGUUGGAACAAAUUAAAUUACCGACGCUAUUGCAAUUUGGAUGACGUGAAAAACUUAACCGUUCCUCACGAAAGAGUGAAAAUCAGGAUUUUUACAGGUGUCUAUGCACCAUUUGGAUUGAAAAAUGAAGCAACUGGUAAAGGUGUGGCUAUUACAUAUGAAGCUAAACCAAUUGAACAGCCAGGCAACUGGACUUGGAAAGUUGUUUUUGUAGCUCUAUUUCUUCUCAUUUUCCUAGUCACAUCGGCAUUAUUUCAUUACUGCAAAAAGUAUGGAUUUUGUGAUGUCGGAAGAAGCAACGAUACUUUGCCAACAGUGAAUGUACCACCAACCUUAGCCGACAUUGAUCGAGCAUAUGAAUUUCAACGAUGCGCUAUACAAGGGUUUGAAGCAAGAAAUCAUUCCUAUAAGUGCGCUUUGCAAGAAAAUGAAAAAGGGGGCUUACGCAUGAGAAGUAUUGGCAGCAGGAGCGAAAUCAGUAAUAUACUCUUCCCUUCUUUUAAUGCGGAUGAAACUUUUGUGGUUUCCAAAUCAGAAAAAAAGGAUUUGAUCCAAAAAGAAAAUGCCAAACAUCAUAUCUAUGUUGAGACUCCUAGAACAAUCAUUCCCGAAAUUGUCUUAAGCGGCAACUGUGAUGAUGAUGAUGAGAUCCAUCCUAUUGAGCGGGUGAAAGUCAACCUCUUAGAUCGGUACUCAAAAAACUCUUGCGAUCUUAGUGGGAUUUCCAGUAGAAUCUCCAGUUCUUCUCCAGUGUUUUUCCCUCAAAGGCAAAGUUUCCAGAUCUACAAUAGUGUUUCUUCUGAAACAGAAGUAAAGGAUCCACCUCCACCCUAUGAAAACGCUAAAUGAUUUUCUGUUCAACUUCAAAUUAAAAUUGGAACUAAUGUCGUUAGCACUUUUGGUCAGAGA